CGGUGUGGUCGACUAUGAUUUUACUCAUUUGCAAUCUGAAAUCGACGAAACUGAUUACUGGCAGUACUAAUAUUCUGGAUCAAUCUAUUAGAGAGCAAGAAAACGUAUGGAGAUAAAAGGAUGUUGGACGAUAUAUGCGUUGACGUACGCACUCGUUAUCUUCAUCGCACUAUGGGGAGACAUUUCAGUUCAAGGUACUACGACACAGCCUGAUACUACACACAUUACAACUUCAGAUGGUGCUACGACACAGCCUGUUACUACACACAUUACUCCCGAUGAAUCUACCUAUUCCACUGUGGCUAUAACUACGACGGAAAAUUAUAUUGAAACAACGAAUACAACAGAUUGGACGAAUUCGACAACGGACUGGUUAAGAAAUGAUAAUUUAACGGAUUGGAUAACAACGAAUAGGACAACGGAUUGGACAACAACGGAUGGGACAAUAACAGAUUGGACAACAACGGAUUGGACAACGACGGAUAGCACAACGGAUAGGACAACAACGGAUCAUCAUACUGAUGUCGAUGUGACAAAUCAAAUUGUAACGACGUCACAAAUGACAUCCGAUGUCACGACAAAUGAUCCACACGCAACAACAAAUUCACAUGUAACCUCUGCUACAACCAGAGCUACGGAUGCUAUGGAUGCUAUCUCCACUCCCAAACCUACCACUCCAAUGCAUGAAGAUACUACAACACAACCUGGUCCUACAACUACACAGGCUAUAUCUACAAACGGUGCUACGACACAGCCUGUUACUACACACACUACAAAUCCGGAUGGUAUUACGACACAGCCUGUUACUACACAGAAUACAACUCCAGAUGGUAUUACGACACAGCCUGUUACUACACAGAAUACAACUCCAGAUGGUACUAUGACACCGAAAGUUACUACACAGACUGGAACUCCAGAUGAUACUACAACACAGUCUGUUACUACACACACUACAACUCCGGAUGGUAUUACGACACAGCCUGUUACUACACAGAAUACAACUCCAGAUGGUACUAUGACACCGAAAGUUACUACACAGACUGGAACUCCAGAUGGUGCUACGACACAGCCUGUUACUACACACACUACAACUCCGGAUGGUAUUACGACACAGCCUGUUACUACACAGAAUACAACUCCAGAUGGUACUAUGACACCGAAAGUUACUACACAGACUGGAACUCCAGAUGAUACUACAGCACAGUCUGUUACUACACAGACUACAACUCCGGAUGAUACUACAACACAGCCUGUUACUAAACAGACUACAACUCCGGAUGAUACUACAACACAGCCUGUUACUACAAAGACUACAACUCCGGAUGGUACUACGACACCAAAAGUUACUACGCAGACUGGAACUCCAAAUGGUACUAUGACACCGAAAGUUACUACACAGACUGGAACUCCAGAUGGUACUAUGACACCGAAAAUUACUACACAGACUGGAACUCCAGAUGGUACUACAAUACCGACUAUUACUACACAGACUGGAACUUCAGAUGAUACUACGACACAGCCUGGUACUACGAGUACACAGCCUAAAACUACAACAGUUAUAACAACACAGGAAACACCAUCUGAGAAUACGAUCAUAAUCUGUACAGCAGCAAUCUGCACAUGUACAUUUCCUCAGCAGACGGACCCAUAUGUUAUCUGGGAAUCCGCAUCUUUAGGAGAUUCUGAUUUUUCGGAAUUUAAGGCAAAUAAUAUUACAGGAGACCAUUCCAACCACACACUGGAGAUGAAGUAUGUGCCGUUGGAAUCACAAGUCAGUAUAUAUUUAUAUAUUCUUUACUCAUUAUUUUAUGCGUAUUCAUAUCAUCAGGAUUAAUGAUAUUGUUGGUAUUAUUAAUUAGUGGUCUGAUGUUCGAGUUUCUUACAGUUAAUAUUGGUCAAAGUUACAGGUUCAAACAGCUUUUGAUAAACAGCAAUAAUAUGUGUAUAUCAGACAACAGCUUUUUAUAUAUAUAUACAUAUAUAUAUGUAUAUAUAUAUAUAUAUGUAUAUAUGUAUAUAUGUGUAUAUAUAUAUGUAUAUUGCUUUGCUCAGACUUUUUGGAUUGUACGUGAUAUAUUAUUAACUUAAGUGAAUUACAUAGCUGCAUAGCUUUUCUGCGAUGAUAUUCGUUUGCUAUAGCAUAUUUUGCCUAAAUUAAAAUCAGAUGUUGGAUAUAUUCAUCCAACAUUUGUUUUCCAUUUUACAGAACAACCACUAAUUAAACUCUCUUCGCUCACGACCCCGCCCUUUUCUUUUCAUCAUUGAAUCCGUACCUGGGACCC